AUGUGGUACGGGGUCACAGCAGGGCCAGACAUCGUUCUGUUAGACACCGGUGUCCUAACGCUCCGCCUUUCGGACUUGUUUAGUACUGCAGCAACGUCGUUUACCGUGUCACUGCCCGUGUAUGUCAUCCUUGUGCCGAUGUUUUACAAGCAGCCGCCGUUGGAAGAGCAGAUGUCUUCAUCCUCAACCGCCCGGAUAUUCCCUUACAAGACGGUGGCGUGGAUCCUCGCUAUCCUGACGUCUGUUAGCAGCAGCUUCUUUGUCAUAGUGUACAGUUUGCAGUUUGGAGCUGAAGGAAGCCAGGCCUGGCUGAAGGACUUCGUGCUAACAUUCCUGCUCUCUACAUUAUUACUAGAACCUAUUGAGAUCUUUUUGGCAAGCUACGCCCAGGCUGUCAUCGUACGACCUGCGUUGGUGCCCGUCAUAUCUCGUGUCUGUAGAGUUUUGGGGAUGAAGACGGUGAAGAAGGAACCGGUUCCCAUUGGUGUCGUUCAGAAAUACAGGCAUAAGUAUGAAGUCCCCAAACCGAGGGUUCUACCACCUGCUCCGAAGAAAGCCGACCACGACCCGAACUGGCCCGAGCGGAUGGCCCAGGGUAGAGACGUCCUGGUCCGUGUGGUCGUACUGCUGAUCUUCAGCGUAACGUAUUUUUACAUCGGAGUGUUGGACACGGAUAUGAACGCCUACUAUGUCAGGACUUCGCUCGAGAACAGCCUCCUGGCGGGACAUGAGAAGGUGAGUACAGUGGACGGUGCUUGGGAGUGGCUGUCGUCUGAACUGAUGCCGUCCCUUCACCCAGAGCGUGGAUACAGCGGGAAGAAACUCAGCUGGCUGGACAAACAGUUUCCGACUGGAACAAACGCGUUCCGGAUCGGUCCGGUUCGCCUGGAGAAAGCCACCAUCUACCCAGAUGACCCUAUAGACUCAGACCUGGAGCGUAGUGGCUCUAAGCUGCAUCCUGAGCUGACGGCCAGACAAAGAGAUGACGCUAUGGAACGACUGAGUGGAGUCAGAUGUUCACACAUUCGGAACACAAGUUCAACGGACGAUGUUAGAAAAAGGACAAUUACGAAUGAAACGGUAGAUUGCUACACCAUCUUAGACCUACCACGGGAUGCUGGCCAGGCUGCUACAAUGAUAGACCUCCUGCAGCAGAACAACUGGAUCCUGAUGGUUUCAGACACUCUCAUCCUCCGGGCCAACUUCUACCAUCCUGACGUCAAGCUGUUCAGCACCGUGGUCAUCACCCUGCAGUAUAUCCCAGGGGGCGCUGUUGAACUGCAGCCAAACAUCCAUACCUUCCGACUGUUCCAGUACGAAACAACAGACGACUUCGUCCAGAUGCUUUUCCACAUUUUCUUCCUGGUCUUCUACGUCUACAACAUUUUUCGCGAGAUUUGGAGCAUACGAAAGGCGGGACGUGCCUACUUUAGCCGUUUUUGGAACAUCUUGACCCUGUGCGGAAUAGGGUUGUCCUCGGCUGUUGUUGUAACAUUCGGACUACGUUACGUCUGUGCAUCUGCUGCAUUGACCCACAUACAACAGGCUACAGGACUACACGGCAUACAUGAGUUUGUAGACAUCAGUGCCGCCAGCCAAUGGGACGCUGCCUUCAAGUCGAUCUUGUCCUUCUCCAUCUUUUUCAGCACCUUCAGCAUCCUGCGGGUUCUCAACUUCUCUAAGAACGUCGCUACCGUCUUCACUCUUCCUCGUGUAAGUAGACACAUCCUCACAUCCUCAAACAAACCACGUCCUUAA